AUGAAUAACUUCAAUUUUACUGGGUUAAUGGCACCGGUGUUUACACCAUAUUUCGAACAAAACGGAAAAGUGAACAUUGAUGUAAUCGAAUCAUAUGUGCAGCUACUAGUGGCUAACAAAGUUCGUGGAAUCCUCGUUAAUGGAACCACGGGUGAAGGAAUGCUGUUAAGCACCGCUGAACGAAUGCUAGUAACGGAAGUUUGGCACGAAGCGUGCAAAAAACAUGCAAUAACGAUGAUGGUUCAGAUUGGAGGAGCUCCGUAUCCGGAUGUUGUGCAACUAGCUAAGCAUGCAUCAAAGAUUGGAGUAGAUGCCGUUUUAUGUCUUCCAGAACUAUACUUUAAACCUAAAACAAGCGAGCAGCUUGUGCGCUAUUUGAAAGGGAUAGCCGCUCAUUGCCGCACAACACCCUUCUUUUACUACCAUAUUCCAAUGUUCACAGAUGUCAACAUUUUUAUGCCAUCGUUCAUGGAUAUGGCAGAAAAAGAGAUAGAUAACUUUCGAGGCAUUAAGUACACAAAUGGUAAUCUUGAGGAGGGAAGUGCCUGUUUGAAGGAAGGGCGCAUCGUAUUCUUGGGUGCGGAUACAAUACUUUGUGCCGGAAUUGCUGCCGGUUUCGAAAGUUUCAUUUUAACGACAAUUAAUAUUUAUCCGGAAACUCUUCAUGAAAUCAUUGAAGCCAUGAACCACGGGGGGAAGCUUACAGAAGCUAGAGCUAAACAACAAACCCUGAACAAAACCAUCGCAUCCAUAUUAUCGUCAUACGGUGGCGAUUGGGUACCGGCAAUGAAGAAAGCUUUCACAAAACGGUUCCCUUCCAUUGAGAUUGGUCAAACUCGUCCGCCGUUGAACAUGUGA